AUGGCGACACAUCUUCCUAUUGAUUACGAACAGCUAAGCGAUGCCCCUCAGACCUUUUUUCAAGAACACCCAGAGGUGGAUGGCAAUGUUGGAAUAGAAGCCUAUGCACUUCUUCAACGGGCACAACAUGGCCUUACUCAGUAUGCAACGGACUUACAGGAGGUGGAGAGGGAGGCUGGAAAUGCGAGGGAAAUGUUUGAACGAGAUCUAGCCGCUGCCAGAGGCCAUCGAGUUGCUGUUGAAGUGGUUGCCCCUGAUGAAGAACCAAUCGGAGAAGAUAAUGCCCCACCGGUACCUCCAGUUCCACCUGUCCCAGUGGUUACCCAACGGUCGGAAAAACUCCCAGACCCUGAAGUAUUUAGGGGAGAUCGCGAUCGAGAAAGACUACACCUAUUCAAGCAACAGAUGAGGAUCAAGCUAUUGGGAAAUGCCGACCGCUUUCCCACACUACAGUCUAAGUUAUCCUAUGCAUUCAGCCGAUUGGAGGGUGUUGCCGCCAAUCAGUUCUUACAAUAUGUCGGAGAAGAAGGUAUCGCUUCGCCUUCCAUGUUACGGUGUUAUGAAAUCUUGGAUACUGCUUUCGGGGACCCCGAUCGAAUGCGUACGGCUAGGAGGAAUCUUAGAAACAUCCGUCAACGAAACCGAACCUUUGCUGAUUACUUCGCCGAAUUUCAACGGUAUGCUGCCGAGUCAGGGAUGGAUGAAGUCUCUAGGAUUGAGGCUCUGAUGGAAGGCGUUAGUGCGGAACUCGAUGAAUCAAUGAUACACCAUGAAAGUCCUACGACGGUAGAUGCAUGUGCGACACUCUUGCAACGGUUAGAUAAUCGACGACGAGCGGCAGAAGCUAAGCGAGGAAAUAAAAAGCCUUGGAAUGCUACUGCUGCUCCGACCCCUCGCCCCCCACCGGGGAAUCCUGUGUAA